CUGCAAUGAUUUGGGCCAAGUACAUUAAUAUUUGUCGUAGCAAGUGGUUUUAUUCAUAUCAACCUACAACUGUUGUGUUGAGACAAAACAUUCGACUCCAAAGACAAACCUAAAAUAACUUCUAAUCUAAUUCUGAAGAGGAACCAUUUUAUUUUUGAAUUAGAACACUGCAAUAAUUUUGAGAUUACCAAUGGGAACUAUAUUGGGCUUAUAUAUAAUGUAACACUUCAAACAAGAAUGAAUAGCAUUUAAAAUAUUGCUAAAUUAAAUUAAAUUAAAUAUUUCUAUUUAACCGGAUAGAUACACUAAGCGCGUUUCACACAGGGUUAUCGUCGUUCUAAACCUGCUUUUAACCCCGGGUAAUAUAACGUUUCACACUUGUAAUUUUGAAGCGGGGUUACGUUAGCACCACCGCUUUUUACCCGGGGUUAUGAAACCCUGUUGGGUUAACGCUUUUGCAGUGCAAAACUUGUACAGUGUGAAACUGAGGUGAUAGAAUGUAACGGCUGGCUAGACGCUUAGCAACCGACAACCAAUCGCCUGCCUCAUAUUCACGGACAGUCACGGAAAUACACACAAACAGUAGUUUAGUUUAGUUUUAGCGUUUGAGGGGAACAUGUGAAAUGGUGACGGAAGACGCGUCAGUUGGAGUUAAGAGACCGUUUUAUUCUUACUUUUAUAGUCCGAAAAGUUAAUUCAGGAAAAACGUGAUAUUAACAGUCGGCAAUAUUUUAAGAUGCGAGAUCCUAUAAACAGGUCGCGCGCUGCGUUCGUCCAAUCAUAAUUAUAUGAUCCAAUCAUUCAUUUAUAAUUAAUCAGGGUUAAAUAUUUGUGAAAAGCCAUUUUGUGUAUUCUGCUGCUUCCAGUGAUCUGUUUGCUUGUUACUAUGGAGAGCAGUAUACACAAACAGCCUUGCCUUGUGGUGGCUAACGGAUAGAUUUGAAUAAUUAUGCCUACUAAUUCAGUGGUAACAGUACGGUAUGGUCCAUAUGAGUCGUGUGGUAUUGUCGAGCACAGAACAUUUCGACUGGAUGGUUUACAAGCGGUCCUAAAAGAAGAUGGCCACCAGUGUGUCCUCGAGAAAACGGAUGACUGGAAUAUAGUAGAGCUCUUUGUCAAUGGAGAGUGCGUCUACACGUGCAACAUUACUGACCUUGAGUUUGGGGGUGAUGGACGACUUGAUCCGCGGUGCCAGGAGGCCAUUGACGCAGUGAGGAACGCGUAUUGAACGCCAUGUCAUGUAGCUGUGGUCGAAAUGGAACACUAGCAUACUACUUACUGAAUACUACGCAGUAUACUUAAAAAAAAAAGUGGCUAUGAAUGAAAAAGCUCACUACUUGCGCAUUAUAAAUUGUGUACUUCAUAUUAUGUUAGUAAAUUGAACACUGUACAGUAGACCUAUAGCCUAAUAUUUUUUAAAUAUUCCAAAAAUAGCCAUUGUAUUUAAAUCUAGUGAGCUAAGUAAUUAGAUUUUAGCAUUUUUUGGCAUGCAUGUUAUGAGUCCACUAAUAGUGUCCUGCUGUAAAGGAAGGCAGCACUCUCACUGUGGAGAGACCUCUUAAAUAUGUGCACAGGUAUAUGAUAAAUGAUAAAAACCUAGCAAACGUCCAUCGUUUGUCAUUGA